GGACCGGCCCUUCCCUUCCGGGUGUGAGGGGCUGGCCCUUCUCUUCCAGGUUGGGGGGCUGGCAAACUCGAACCUCGCCGGCGCCCUAGCCAAGGCCUCCUCCCCGCGCCUGCCGCGGGUUCCACGCGCAUUCCAAGCGCGCGCAUCCGACCCAAACUUCAGAGACGCUUCUGUGGAACGGAAGGAUGGUCGCUGACACCUGGCCGUUCAAAUAUCAGGAAGUUAAAAAUAACACGACCAUCGUCAACAUUCCAAACUUCGGAAUAGCUUUUCUAAAAAUGGAAAAGACGGUGGCUAAACUUCAAUCAAAAUCGCUGUGGUCAAGAAAGUCCUGGAAGCUGCUCUAUCUUAACUUUGGGCGGUUUGCGGUUAACAGACGCGCGACCUAGAAACCCCAGAGGCAUCGCCGGUUUUCCCGUCCUCCUCCUCCCACCACCGCCCAGCUCUUGAGAGGGGAGGGUGCUGCCGGACAGGUGGGCCCCCGGGUACUCACUGCUGCCCGCCCGGCCGCGGCGCCCCGUCCCGAGGCUGCCCAGGAAGAGGAAGGCGCGCUGCCCCGCCCCGCGGACAAGGAGGCCCCAGCGAGGGCGUACCUGCGGCAGGUGACGAAGGAGGCGGCGCAGAACACCCGCCGUGUACGUUUCGCGGGACAAAAACCACGCGCCCGCCGGGCCGCGCUCGGGCCUUCGCCCCCAGGGACUUCGGAACCGCCCCAUCCUCAAGAUCGAAAAGCCCAGGGCCUCGCGGCGGCUCCAAGCACGGUGUUGGGGGUGGGGGUCUAGGGGGCGCCCAGGCCCAAGGCCGCCCUGGUCCGGCGUGGACCCCGCGGGGCUCAAGACAGGUUCCCCUGCCUGACCCGCCCAGCCCCUCUAUGCGAACUCGAACGACACGCACCACAGCCCGCCACGUACGCGAGACUCGCGCUGUGCCCCAACCCAGGUGGGCCGCCCGCGGAGCCGCGAGGCCUGAGCCCGCCCUGCAAGUGACCCGCGGCCCUUCCUCCUCCAGGUGACCGACGGCCCAGUCCCUGCAGGUGACCCGCGGACCCUCCCCGCCCGCCCUACGACCGUCACAGGACCGCCUCCGCAGGCGCACCGGAGCCGAUUGCGCAGGCGUGGCUCUCACACGCGCUGCCCUGUUGGCGUUGGUGCGGGACUGCGCAGGCGCGCGGGGCAAGAGGCUGGCAGUGCGCCUGCGCCGCGUUGGCGUGCGGAACGCCGCGGUGUCUGGGCGCCUCUGCGCGCGGGAAGAUGGCGGAACAGGCUACCAAGUCCGUGCUGUUUGUGUGUCUGGGUAACAUUUGUCGAUCACCCAUUGCAGAAGCAGUUUUCAGGAAACUUGUAACCGAUCAAAACAUCUCAGAGAAUUGGAGGGUAGACAGCGCGGCAACUUCCGGGUAUGAGAUAGGGAACCCCCCUGACUACCGAGGGCAGAGCUGCAUGAAGAGGCACGGCAUUCCCAUGAGCCACGUUGCCCGGCAGAUUACCAAAGAAGAUUUUGCCACAUUUGAUUAUAUACUAUGUAUGGAUGAAAGCAAUCUGAGAGAUUUGAAUAGAAAAAGUAAUCAAGUUAAAACCUGCAAAGCUAAAAUUGAACUACUUGGGAGCUAUGAUCCACAAAAACAACUUAUUAUUGAAGAUCCCUAUUAUGGGAAUGACUCUGACUUUGAGACGGUGUACCAGCAGUGUGUCAGGUGCUGCAGAGCGUUCUUGGAGAAGGCCCACUGAGGCAGGUUCGUGCCCUGCUGCGGCCAGCCUGACUAGACCCCACCCUGAGGUCCUGCAUUUCUCAGUCAGUGUGUAAUCACGUUCCAGGGCCCAAAGCCCCAGCUCUUUGUUCAGUUGACUUACUGUUUCUUACCUUAAAAAAGUAAUUGUAGAUGGAAAUCAGUUGUGUUUGGCAGAAGAAUCAAUAAAAAUCUUUGAUUCAGACAGUUUAUGGGGUAUUUUAAGCAUUCUUAGACUAGUUGAACAUCUCACUUUGCCCCAGUUACAAAAAUAGUAGAACAAGCAACAUAAAACAAUGAAGGAAAACCUCACUUGAAGGCCCAGGUCAACAUCUAAGCCUGUUGAGACUUAGAUAAUCCAGUCUACCUCUUCAGUAGGUUUGUGUGGAUGGCCUGAUGGAGGGCAGGUGCCCUCUGCUCCCCAGUGCUACCUCUGUCUUCCCUAGGGCCUUUUAUGGAUUGACAGUAGUCCCCUCUGUAGGAGCUCACAGUCUAGAUUAGAAGUGUUUUAAUUUCUACACACCCAUAGUGCACAUUGUAUAUUGAAAAGAUAGGGGAGAGAGAAACAUUUAUGGAAUCAGUCGUUGGCACCUUCAAUGCUUCAUGAUUUUUGUCGAGUUUACUUCACGAGGAGGUCAGCCCAUUGGCUCCCAUCUGAACCACUUUGCCUCUGAAACUUAAUUACAUCCAGAAAGGACACUUGUAUGCUAGUCUGUGGUCAGUUGAGGAAUAUGACUGUUUUUAUAUGCACAUGUAACCCAAAUGUCCAAUAUAAAUUGGCUUAUUUUUUAAAAUAAUUUUAAAAGUUGGGAAAAGUGUUAUUAUUUGGCAUGCUUAAAUAUUGAAUAAGUAUUCUUCAUCAGCAUUUAAUAAAUGUAUAGGCAGAUAUAAGGUAAUUUCUGUGUAUUUUGAGAUAAUGUCAAAAUCAUGAAUAUUUCAAAAUAAACUGGGGAGUUAUAAAAAUACAACUAGAGAUAUAAA